GUUGAUACUCUGGGGAACCUAGUCACCCCGCAAGUUGAUGCUCUGAUCGACGACUAUAAAAGUGGCCCUCUUGCUCUGAUGAACAGACAUGUUAUUCAACAGCUAUCAAUUAAUUAUCCCUAUCUCUGCAGAUUUCAGAAAGCAUCAUGGACCGCAAGUCUGAUAUUGAAGACCAGGUCAAGCAAGAUGUUGAACACAUCGACCACCUCACACCGCAGGACUUUACUCGAAAUGCGAAUGCCAAAAUUCGCAACCCUCUUGCCGGUAUCUCUCGAGCCGACCUGCGAACUCAAGUCAAUGCCUUCUGUCAAGACUAUGACUUCCAGGACAAGAUAGACGUUUUCUACCGUGGUGCACUCGCAGCUCAAAACCCGGCAAGCUACGAGAACAUUGAAGAGCUAACCGACGAUGAUAAACGCGCCCUGGAACGUGAGGCAACUCACAAGUGGCAUCUUCCCCGUAGCCUCUACCUCGGCAUUGCUCUAUGCUCUCUCGGCUCUGCUGUACAGGGCUGGGACAACACCGGCGCAAAUGGAGCAAACCUGUCUUUCCCUCAAGAAUUUGGCAUUGAGCAUAAUACGACCUUGGUCGGUGUCAUUAACUCUGGUCCAACUCUCUUCGGUCUUCUCAGCGCUUGGGCAGCUGAUCCCAUCAACAACCGUAUUGGCCGGCGAGGCGCCAUUUUCUUGACCGGUCUAUUCUGUAUCUUUCCGGUGCUUGCUCAAGCUUUCACCCAGAACUGGUGGGGACUAUUGAUCUGUCGUCUCUUUAUGGGCUUGGGUAUGGGUAUUAAGAUCUCGACCAUUCCUGUUUACUCUGCCGAAAUUGCUCCAGCAUCUAUCAGAGGCGGGAUUGUCACCAGCUUUCAACUAUGGGUAGCCUUUGGUAUCUUUGUUGGAUUUUGUUCAAACCUCAUCUGGUAUCGUAUCGGAGACCUUGCUUGGCGCUUCCAGCUUGCCGCGGCGUUUGUUCCAGCUAUCCCGGUCGUCAUCUGUGUUUGGUUCUGCCCCGAAUCGCCUCGUUGGCUUAUCAAGAAGGGCCGCUACCAAGAAUCUUUCAAAGUCUUCUGCCGCAUUCGCAACACAGAAAUGCUAGCUGCGCGAGAUUUGUACUACGCUCAUCGCCAAAUCCUCGAAGAAAAAGACGCCUUCGGCGGAAAGACACUCGCGCGUCGAAUGUGGGAGCUCGUCAGCGUCCCUCGCCUCCGCCGAGCUACAGUUGCAUCGUCUUGGAUCGUAAUCUCACAGCAGUUCUCUGGAAUAAACAUAAUGGCAUUCUACUCGUCUACCAUCUUUGCCGCUGCAAACUACUCCACCAGGGACUGCCUUUUGGCUUCCAUGGGAUUUGGCCUUGUCAUGUUUAUCUUUGCUUUCCCAGCUGUCUAUAUGGUUGACACGUUUGGACGCCGGAACUUGCUGCUGGUUACGUUUCCUAACAUGGCGUGGUGCUUGCUGGCGGCAGGGUUCAGCUUUCUGAUUGACAAGGACUCGAGUGCCAGAGUUCCCCUCAUCGCCUUCUUUAUCUACUUGUUCACAGCCAUGUAUGGACCUGGCAUCGGGCCAUUGCCUUCGAUUUAUUUCUCCGAAGCAUUUCCACUGUCUCAUCGAGAAAUUGGCUCCGCCUUCACCAUCUGUGUCAACAACGCGGUUGGUAGCGCUUUGACUUUGACGUUCCCUUCGCUUCUAGAUCGUCUUGGGCCGACUGGAGCUUUCAGCUUCUACGCAGGCCUCAACGUUGUAGCGUUUAUCGUGAUAUUCUUGAUUAUUCCAGAGACCAAACAGCGUACUCUGGAAGAGUUGGAUUAUAUCUUUGGAGUUCCGACAAGACGCCACGUCGCGUACCAACUUCGACAUUGGCUGCCUUGGUUUAUUAACAGACACGUCUUUCUUCGGAAGUCAGCUACGCUUGAGCCGUUGUAUCAACUGGAUUAGAAACGCAAAUUCUACAGAUGAAUGGUGGUGAACAAUCGAAUGGAUGAGAAAGUGGGCAAAAUAGCUCC